AUGGGAGUGCCGGGCCUGUCAGAGUGGCUGAAAGAGCUCAGCCUUGAAGAUCGCAGCUGCGAGGUGAUCGCAUGGUGCGAGGAACAGGGCGCUGCUACCUUGACUGAAGUCGCAGAGAAUCGGGAGGAGUUAGCACAUGUCUUGGGGGGAAUCCCUGAGCUAAAGGACGGGCGCGCCUUGACGCUAGCCGAGCUUGUCUCUCUCCGCAUCUACAGUCAUGAUCUGGAGGAGAUCCUGAUGGCACUCAUCGCUGUAUUGGACGAGGACCAGCUGCAGCAUGCAGAGCUCUCGCUGAAACCGGGACUAGCAUCUCUUCUGACACGCUUGGCACUUCGCUCUAAAGGCCGACAGGCUCCACCUGCUUCCGGUGCUCCUGGGCCACAAGGAAGCGCUUUUAGUGGUUGCCUCGGAGACGCGCGUGCUCCACGUGGGAUUGCCGUCACUGCCGAGACGGCAUCGCAGCUUAGUCCCGGAGACGAAGUGGUCCUCCACGUGCUCACGGGACGAUGGCAGGGUUGGCAUGUCUGUGAAGUCCUGGAGGUGAGAAGGCAAUCCUUCUAUCUGCGCCACCUGGAGGAUGGCUUCGAAGAAAAUAUUCCCUGGGCGCUUCUGGGUGGUGGCUCCUACCACAUCGAGCUUCUGGGCCAAGAAGGCCAUGUACCUGAGCCCAGCUACUUCAGCAAAGCUUCGCAAGUAGAGGUCACUGCAGCGCCCUAUAUCAGCAGGCGUGACGCGCGGCUUCUGCGCCUUGCCGAGCGCGGCGUGGGCUCACAGCGGGGUGCGCGAGGCAAUGCUGACGAACCGUGCGAGGGCUGCGGCCGAUCCGCCUGGCGCGGCCAUCGCAGCCGCGAGGACGGAGCGCUUUACUGCGACGACUGCUGGGCGGAAUGGCCGGACAGCUAA